GACUUCUUCUUCUCUCCCUCGACCCCCCUCUCCCUCUCCCCUCUCUUAAUUCUAGUAAGUGGUUCAAUAAUGUCGUCGUCAUUCAUAACGGCGUCGCCCCUACCUUUUCUGCUCCGAAGGCGCUCGAGUGGCGAAAUCAGGAAUUUGGCCUCGGUUUCGAGCAGCAUAUUGCCCGCUUUUGGAACCGUCAUCGAUGACGGCCACUUGCAGACCAAGAAUUUUGUUGUUGCUCCCUACGAUAGGAGAUAUCGGUGGUGGCAGACGUUCUUGGUGGUGCUGGUGGUGUACUCAGCAUGGGCGUCGCCGUUCGAGUUGGCCUUCAAAAAGGUGGCAACAGGGUCUCUCAUGCCGGUUGAUUUGGUAGUCGAUGCCUUCUUCGCCGUUGAUAUAGUUCUCACUUUCUUUGUGGCUUACUUGGAUAAGUCAACCUACCUCCUAGUACUUGAUCACAAAACAAUUGCAUCCAGGUAUGUUACGAGAUAUUACUUCGCAAUGGACGUAGCCUCAACUGUACCGUUUCAAUCCCUUCACAGGCUCUUCACUGGGCAUACGCACAAUGGCCUGGUCUUUGGCAUCCUCAAUCUGCUUCGUCUCUGGCGUCUCCGGCGCGUCAGUGAACUCUUUAAAAGGCUAGAGAAAGACACUCGCUUUAGUUACUUUUGGAUCAGAUAUGUCAAACUCAUAUGUGUUACACUAUUUGCUGUGCACUCGGCGGGCUGCUUCUACUACUGGAUGGCCACCCAUCACAAAACCUCAGAUGAUACAUGGAUUGGAACUGAGGUCCAUGAUUUUGAGCACAGAAGCAUCUGGUUAGGUUACACAUAUGCCAUAUACUGGGCAACUGUCACCCUCACAACUGUUGGCUAUGGUGACUUGCACGCAGUCAACUUUGGGGAGAAGGUUUUCAGCAUAUUCUAUAUGCUUUUCAACAUUGGACUCUUUGCUUAUUUGGUUGGAAACAUGACCAAUCUCGUUGUCCACAGUGCUGUCCGGACAUUGUUCAUGAGGGACUCCAUCAAUGAGAUAUUCAGAUAUGCAAGCAAGAACAGACUUCCAGAAGGCUUGAAAGAGCAAAUGCUUGCCCACAUGCAGCUCAAGUUCAAGACAGCAGAGUUACAGCAGGAAGAAGUUCUACAGGACCUUCCGAAAGCAAUAAGAUCCAGCAUUGCCCACCAUCUUUUCCGUAAAACCAUUGAUAAAACAUACCUAUUUAAAGGAAUCUCUGAAGAGCUUACUGUCCAAUUGGUCUCAGAGAUGAAAGCAGAAUAUUUUCCACCCAAAGUCGAUAUUAUCUUGCAAAACGAAAUUCCAACAGACUUUUACAUUCUAGUAGCUGGAGCUUUGGACGUGCUAAUAUACAAGAACGGCACAGAACAGUUCUUGUCAAAUCUAGGAUCUGCAGACAUGGUAGGAGAGUUUGGCGUAUUUUUCAAUAUCCCACAACCUUUUACAGUGAGAACAAAAAGGCUUUCUCAGGUUAUCCGCAUCAGUCAUCAGUAUUUCAAGCAAAUGAUCCAGCCACAGAAUGAAGACGCAAAGAUAAUCAUCACAAACUUUACUCAGCACUUGAAGGACUUGAAACAGGAGGUGUUACAAGAAAUUCCAUUUCUACCAGAAUUGCUGGAAGAACUGAAUACAGAGCAGGGCACGGAAUCAAAUGAGAGUACACAUAAUCAUGAACCAGUGAAUUACCAUGGAAAUCCAACUGUGGAAGGAACAAACAAAACUUGUGCUCCCGGGCCUAUCACCAUGCGAGUCAUAAUUCAUGGCCAUCAUCCAAAUGAAGGCGACUCGAAAGGAAAACUUAUUCAUCUGCCGGAUUCAAUAGACGACCUUCUGAGAUUAGCAGAGAAAAAGUUGGAAAAAAGAGGAAGCACAGUUGUCAUGGCCGACAGCUCAGCGGUUGAAGAACUGAAUGCUUUGAGAGACAAUGAUCACUUGUUUAUCUUUUGAACAAAGAAGAUGAUGUAUAACAUGAUCACUAACAGGUUUCAGCCAUCUUAUAAAUGCACUGUGAGUCAUGAUAUGAGGAUGAAGAUUUGCAGAGCUUACAGCAA